AUGAAAUCAUUUUUUUCUUUUAAUAAACUAGAAAAUGUUGGUAAGAAAAUAAAAAUAAACUUUAUUCAACUGUUGAUGAUAUUUCUUGUAUAUCUAAAUUUAGAUUUUUUGAAUGGCAAUAUAUAUGUUAAGGCAAUACAUACGAAGAAGAAUUUAUUUAUACCUGCAAGUAACGAAAUAUUUUAUUUUAAGAAAAAUGUAUUAACAAAAAAAAGGAAUAAGGAAAAAAGGUAUCAUACACAUUCUAAAAACAAAGGAUCCAAUAUAUUUUUAAAUUUGAAUGAAGAAAAUGAGAAUAAAGUGGAAAAAAGAAAAAAAAAAAUUAAUAAUGAAGAAAUAGAAGAAUAUAGUGAUGAUUUAAAAGAUAAACAAAAUAACAACAAUAAUAACAAUAAUAACAAUAAUGAUAAAAAUGAUAAUAAUGAUGAUAUUAUUUAUGACAAUAAUGAUGAUGAUCAAGGGAAAUGUAAAUUUUCACAGUUCAAUGAAAUAAAUAAAAAUAUUGUGGAAUUUUUAGAAAACAAAAAAGGUAUUAAAUAUAUGACUAAAAUACAAUCAGAAAGUUUUAGACCUAUAUAUGAAGGUAAAGAUAUUAUUGGACGCUCAGAAACUGGGUCAGGUAAAACAUUAGCAUUUGCCUUACCCUUGGUUGAAAAAUUAUAUAAAAUAAAAACAUCCAAUGAAGGACUUAAAGAAGAAAAUGGUUCAUAUGAAGAAGAUUCAAAGCAAAACAUACAUGAUAAUGACAAUAAUAGUAAUUAUAAUAAUAGUAAUUAUAAUAAUAAUAAUUAUAAUAAUAGUAAUUAUAAUAAUAAUAAUUAUAAUAAUAGUAAUUAUAAUAAUAGUAAUAAUUUAUCAUAUGGUAAAAAAUAUCUUAAUCGAGAACAUAAUAAAGAUCCAUACAUAUUAGUAUUAGAACCUACUAGAGAAUUGUCAAAACAAGUAGAGAAUACUUUUAAAGAAAUUAGUCAAUUUUAUAAUUUUAAUAUUAUGUCUAUAUAUGGAGGAGAGAGUUAUACUUAUCAAGAAAAUAAAUUAAGAAAAGGUAUUGAUAUAGUAACAGGUACUCCUGGACGUAUUAUUGAUCAUAUUGAAAAAAAGAAUUUAUCUUUACAAAAUAUUAAAUAUGUUGUUUUAGAUGAAGCAGAUGAAAUGCUAAAUUUAGGUUUUACACAUGAUAUAGAAAGAAUAUUAAGUAAUAUAAAUUUAAAGGAUGCACAAGUUUUAUUAUAUUCUGCUACGACCCCAUCAUGGAUAAAAGAUAUAUCUUCCAAAUAUUUAAAGAAUCCAUUUUGUAUAGAUGUAGUAGAUUCAUCUAAUAAAACUGCAAAAAAUAUAACACAUAUUGCUAUUAAAACACCAUAUGAUAUAAAAGAAAAGGCAUUAUUAUUAGAAGAUAUAAUAUUAGUUAAAUCUAAUGGUGGACAAGUUAUUAUUUUUACACGUACAAAAUUAGAAGCUGAUAUUUUAUGUUCUGAAGGUUCUUUUAAAUCCUUAUCAUUUGCUGUUUUACAUGGAAAUAUAGCACAAUCUACUAGAGAAUAUACUAUGCAAAGAUUUAGACAAGGAAUGUUCCAAAUAUUAAUAGCUACAGAUAUUGCAUCAAGAGGAUUAGAUAUAAGUAAUGUUGAUUUAGUUAUUCAAUGUUUCCCUCCUAAUUAUUCAGCUGUAUAUAUACAUAGAGCAGGUAGAACUGGUAGAGCCAAUAAAAAAGGUACAUCUCUAGUAUUAUAUUCAAAUGAAGAUAAACAAGAUUUAAUUAAAAUUGAAAAAAAUUGUGGUAUUAAAUUUAAUAUUGAGACAUUACCAAAUAAUGAACAAGUAUUUCAUUGUGCUUCAGAAAUAGCAUCUAAAAAAGUUCAAAAUGUUAAUAAAGAUAUUUUACCUUUUUUUCAUAAUACAGCUAAAGAAUUAAUUGAUAAAGCAAAUUCAUUAAAAAUAGAUCAAAUAGAAUUAAUAUCUAGAUGUCUAGCUAUAAUUGCAAAAAAAGAACAUAUAAAAAAAAGGUCACUUAUUAAUGGAUUGUCAGAAACGGUUACUCUAAAUUUUAUUAACAAAAAUAGAAAAUGGAGAAGUGAAGAUGAUAUUAUAUAUUGGAUUAAUAAAUUAUCCAAUGAAUUAAAUGUAAACACCUUUAAUAAAAUUCUACAAGUUAAAAUUGAUAAUAAAGAUAGAGCUUCCUCUUUUUUUGAUGUUAAUGAAAACCUAGCUGAAUUAUUUUUACAAAAUUUUAAAACAAUGUCUAAAAUAGAAUAUAGAAAAAUGUUUGAUUUAUCUCUUGCUCAAAGUAUACCUCAACAUAUAGACUUAACCAUGGAUUAUCAACCACAUACAAAUAGAUAUCAAUAUAGAAAAAAAAAUUAUUCAUAUAGAAGACGACCAUCUUAUUAUUAA